GGGGCUUCGGGGAGGGCCGGCGGGCGGGGACAGCGCUCCCCGGCACUUAAGCGGCUGGGAUGGGGAAAGAAGCAGCGCCGAGGCGGAGAAGGAGCAGGAGAAGGAGCCCCACGUCUUUCCGCCCGCGGGUGGGUCGCGAACCCCGCCGGCUGCCUUUAACAUGCCCUUAAGAGACCCCAACAGGAGACGCGCGUGGAUCUAACUAAUGCGACUACCUUGCUGCUGCUGCUGCUGCUGCUGGGGAGAAAGUGGCGAGAGGGCGAAGGAGGCUGUUCUCCCGCGUGGCGUGGGUCCCGUCGUGGUGGGCCAUGGGCAGCAAGGCCCUUCCUGCGCCGGUGCCCUUGCACCCCUCGCUGCAGCUGAGCAACUACUCCUUCCUGCAGGCGGUGAACACCUUCCCGGCGGAGCACCUGCAGCAGGGCCUCUACGGGCUCCGCGCCGUCCACGCCAUGCAGGUCAACCACUGGACGCUGGGCUGUUACGCCGCCGCCAUGGCCUCCUCCUCCGCCGCCUCCUCCUCCCCGGGGGACCCCUCGGGCCUGCCCUUCCCGGCGGGGCUGCCCUUCGCCGCCCACCUCUUGCACCCCAAGCAGGCGCUCUCCCUCUCCCUGCGCAAGGAGCGGCGGCCGCGCUUUGACUUCGCCAACCUGGCCGCCGCCGCCACCCAGGAGGACCCGCCCGAGGCCCACCCGCCCCUCUCCUCGCUCGCCGGCCUCGGGGGAAAGCUCUGCGGGGGGCCGGAGCUGCACGUCCCGCAGCCUCACCCGCAGCAGCACCCCCGGAAAGGGCCCUCGUCCUCCUCGACGUCGGCGCCCCGCGGGAGGCUGCCGUCCAAGACCAAGAAGGAGUUCAUCUGCAAGUUCUGCGGGAGGCACUUCACCAAGUCCUACAACCUGCUCAUCCACGAGCGCACCCACACCGACGAGCGGCCCUACACCUGCGACAUCUGCCACAAGGCCUUCCGGAGGCAGGACCACCUCCGCGACCACAGGUAUAUCCAUUCCAAAGAGAAACCAUUCAAAUGUCAGGAAUGUGGGAAAGGAUUUUGCCAAUCCAGGACUCUAGCAGUUCAUAAAACUUUACACAUGCAGGAAUCUCCACACAAAUGCCCCACAUGUGGAAGAACCUUUAAUCAAAGAAGUAACCUGAAAACUCACCUUCUCACCCAUACAGACAUCAAGCCCUACAACUGUGAGCAGUGCGGCAAAGUGUUCAGGCGAAACUGUGAUCUGCGGAGGCACAGUCUAACCCACACCCCACGCCAGGACUUCUAGAACAGCCAAGGACCUCUGCAGGGAGCUCUCUCUGGCUCCAGGACUUGGACUGUGGGGAAAUCUGGGCGCUUUUGGGCCAAUGUGUGCCAGGGGCCCAGCCCUCUCUGCCCUCCUGGCUCCAGCCAAGGCCUCCUCAAGGAGAUGGAGGGGCAGAGGAAGGAACAAGGGUCCCAGGCCUCCUCCGAGCAAGGGAGGGAAGACGGGCAGCCGAUUCCUUGUAGAUAAUAAGAGUGCGGCUCAUUUUCGAGCUUUGUACAGAAGAAACUGUGGUAUCAUGUGCUUGCUUCCUCUUGUCUUACCAAAUGCACAUUGGUAAAAGGAAACAGACCUGGGAGUUAAAGUAUUGUUUGUCAAAAUGUAUUUCAAAAUAAACGUUUCUCCCCAUCCA